UGUUCACGUUGGCAUACAAAACUGGGACACUUAGUCAAAUGCCAGCAGCUUCAUUACACUUACAAAUUUUCGGUGCAACAUAAUCAACAUUGAUGGCACAGUUGCUGAACAUUGUAUUUAAGAAGAACGACCCCUACACGUCGUGGGGUUUUCAAGUAUGUGGAGGACGGGACAGUUGGCGACCGCUGACUGUAAGACACGUACAAGAUGAGACAUUAGCUGCAAAUUACUUGAAUGUGGAUGACCGCGUGCUUGAAAUUGAUGGCAUAGACUGCUACUCUCUUACCGAAUCGCAAGCUAUUGCAUUUUUGCGAAGACCUAGUACAUGUAUCGAGCUACUAGUAUUGAAACGUCGGGGGGGAAAUGUUGUGCCUCCCAAGAGAUCGUCGAGUUGUAAAGCUCUAAAAAACUUUACUUUUCCAAAACAAAGUACAUUUCAAAGCAUUUCAAAACCCUGUACGCUACCUGAAUUUCAAUAUAAUUUACAAAAUGGAAACACAGAACUAAACAAUUUCACCGAGAACUCGAAUUCGUCAAUUAAUGUCGGAGAACCGCCAAAACACAUUGCUCACAUAGAUACUAAUAGCCGUUCAGAACCACAUGGACCAUUCGAAAGUCAAAAUGCUUGCACGGAUUUUUCAAAUUUCAGGCCCCGCAGAAAUUCGUUCCAAAAGGAUUCUGAGCCAGUUCGCCUUAGAAGCAGAUCAAAUUCACCUCAAUUUUGGAAACUACGUACAGAAUCUUCUACAAACAACUCAAAUAACGAUUGUAGACAUUUUUGGAAGAAACUUGAAAAAUGUUCGUUGGAGGAUUUGACCGUCAGGCAUACCCCUAGUCCCGUGAGACCUGCGAGUGUUGCGUUUUACUCAAAAACGCCUGAACUUUUUGUUUCUUCUUCCAAGUCUGAAGUUGUUUCAAAGAAAAAAGUAUCAUUUAGUAAUGUGUUAAAAGAGAGAAACUAUUUACAAAUGGAUAUGCCGGAUUUAUCACCUGGUUCAAAAGUGGAUGAAGAAUUCAAUAAAAUAUAUAACAGAUCAAAACAGGAAGAACAGCACCAAGUAGGAGUAAGAAACUCAACAGGAGACAUGUCUGCGCCUCCCCCGCCCCCACCAAUGCCUUGUUCUGGAGGCACAGUUCAAGGUGGUCCACCCCCACCUCCUCCCAUGUUGCAUAGUGGACACAUUCCAGCAAUACGUAUAAAAACAGAGCUGAAUGAACAACCCAAAGAAUUGCCAUCAGCAAUCCAAAAUGCAAUGGCUACUAAAGAUAAGAAGCCGUUUACAUACUUACCGGGUGGUCUCGAUCUCAGUGAGAUCAAAAGUCCUAGAAUGCAGAGGCGUUUAGAAAGAAAUGCUCAAACUCCACCUACUCCUGAACAGAUACUCCAAAAAUCUCCUGAUUAUCAACAACAACAACAGCAAUAUCCCAUUCUACCACAACAACAAAAUUAUCUUCAGCAACAGCCACAGCAAUAUCAUUUACCACAACCGCAGCAGUUUCAACUGCCACAGCCUCAGCAGCAUCAACAACAACAACAUCAACAACUACAGCAAAAUCAACAACCACAGCAGUAUCAACUUCCUCAGCAACAAUCACCAGCAAAAACAAAUAUUGAUCAGAAACCAGUUUGUAACGUGCGCCCUGCUGCAGAAAGAGUAUGUCUUUUACCGCAGGUUCAACAGCCACAUUUGAACAAAGCACCCACUCCGUGGUUGCAAAAAGUUGCACAACCCCAACAAAAUCAUAAUCUAGCGCCUUGGGCUCAAAACAGAAACGAAAACGUUGAUCAGGUUGAUAGACCAGCACAAGAACGAGUAAUACCAUUGAGAGUCGAGCCUGUUAGACAACCACCACCGAUGAAAAAUAACUUAAGCCAUUCAUACGAUGCGGAGCCCAUACAAGGAAGAUCUUUUAAAGUGCUACAACAAAUUACCCAAGAACCUAAAGGGAUUUACGAUGGCACGCAACCUUACAACAGCCAAGCGCUUCCGCUUUCCGAACUUAGAAAAUUAAACUUGAAUGACGACGACAGAUCAUUAAUGAAUAAAGUUAAAACUCAAAUUGACGACGAAAAAUAUUUACAUAACGAAACGGAUCCUCGUUACAGAGGCGCGUCUAUACCGUCUAGAAGUUUCCGAAUGUUGCAAACAAUGACCAACUCAGGACCGGUUUCGACGGACAACGGCGUACAACACCAUUCAGUGCCGAUAACCCAUUAUGUGUCAGAGCCUGUCGAGUCCAAAAUAUACGUGCCACCGUCUGAAAGACCGACCGGCGUUGAACCACACAAGUACACUGGAGGCUCUAUACCAUCUAGGUCUUUCAAGAUGCUCCAAGCCAUGACCGGCCAGAACAACGAAGAGGAAAACCAAGAAGUGAAAUCACGAAAGUUACCCCUGUUGGCUCCCUAUUUCUAUUCCUUUGGUGGGUUUUGCCACCUUAAAAGUUCCCUACAAGAAUUUUACGAACACGAACCUAAAAAUAAAAUAGAUUUAUCGCUUUGUCCUACUUCUCCGCUCGGCGAACACGAGGCUCACAUGUUAAACACUAUCGACGAGGAAGAUGUGACUGUUAACGAGAAAUCCAAGGAGAAAAAACUUGACGAAAAUAGAGAUAAAGGAAACCAAGUGAGUGCCAAAAAAGAAAAAAAUAAGAAUCGAAUAGCUGAAACCGAUUGUGAAAUCACAGUGACCAUUACUUUACCGAAAAUGAAGACAACGGGAAACAAAAGUGUGAACGCAAAGGCUGUACGGGAAUCACCAGUUGAUUUUUGGCGACAAAUCAACGACGAUCGUAGUGCAGUUAAACCACAAGGAGAACAGCAACACAAUAUCGCGUCAGUUAACCAAGAUGUUAUUUCGUUUAGCGAAACUGAAGAUGACGCAUCGCCAAGUUAUCUCUUGUUAGACGUCAAGGACCAUGAUCUCAGGCGGAAAAGCGAAGACGCUGAUUCUGGCAUCACGUCGGACAUCAGCCAUCAGACAUCCGAAAAGGAUGUCAGCGGUCCUAAAAAAUACCAUAGGACGUGCACACACUCUCGGCUGUUUGAUUUCCUGAGGGAAGAUGACGUGGCGGACGACAUGCAGAUCACACCGAUGACCGCGUCCGGGUAUUCGUCAACGGCUACAACGCCGUCUACGCCAGCCUUGACUUCCGUCCACAACGCUAACCGUACCGACAGUGGAACGGAAUACGAUGACUACUACAAGAGUUGGGAAUUCACUUGCCCUUAUGAUGGUUAUGAUAUACUGCCAUCCAAAGCGUUUAAGACCAUUCAGGGAGCCAGCGUGAAAACUACGACCAAGUUCAAAUGUCCGAAAAUUCCCAUUCAUCGUCCAAAAAAUUGAAAGUUUUUUAAUCAUCAAUUUUUUUUAUUCACCAUUGUCUCGUUUUCUAUUUUUAUAACGAUUUUCUAAGGUCAUUUGGAAUUGGGAGAAUCCGACUUCUGAAAGAAUUCUGAAUUUGUACUGCUACAGCUAUUUGUUUAAAUAUACGAGUAUUUACUAUUUAUAUAAACAUACACAUACAUAUACCGUUCGUUAUUGCUAUAUCAUUGUGCAUAUUUAAGCUAUUUAAUUUUAGGUAAAUAAUACAUUAACAUAUUUUUAUAGUUAAUUUAAUUACUCAAUGGUCACUUAAUUGCAAAAAGUAUAAUAAAUACGUUUAUAUGGCUGUACAAUUAUUUAAAGAUGUAAAAACGAAUUAAACGUAUCGAUUGCUGUCAUAUUA